GGGGGAACUGACGGGCAUUAGGAGGAUUUGGGGGUCUCUGGGCAGAAGACAUCAAAGCAGACCUCACCUGAUAAAUACUGUGGGACUGGGAUUGCAGAUGCCUUUAUGUUUUGUGGGGAAAAUGCAAUCCAUGAGUUUUCAAUAAGCCCUUCAGAUAUCUCGGCCUUUAAUCCAAACCUGAAAGCCAUGAGGAUCACUGGAGCAAGGUGACUGAUUCCUUAGCUGAUUUUUUUUCCUGUCUGAUAAAGCAUCAUUUAUCAUGAGAACGUUCAUUAAAUCAUGGAUUCCUCGGUGUCUGCAGAUUCUCAGGUCACCUUGCAGACCCUUCCAUGGAUACAAGAGGCUUCUGACAUCUCAGAUUAUUUCCCAUUAUGAUUCUAUAAAUCAGUGUAAAAAGGAACUGCCAGAAUAUUUCAACUUUGCGAGUGAUGUCUUAGAUGAGUGGUCCCAACUGGAAAAGGAUGGAAGAAAACCAGCAAAUCCAGCUUUUUGGUGGGUAAAUGAGGAGGGAGAGGAGGUGAAGUGGAGCUUUGAAGAGCUGGGAUUUCUCUCCAGGAAGGCAGCCAAUGUACUUUCUGAGGCAUGUGGUUUGCAGAGAGGAGACAGAGUUAUAGCAGUUCUGCCUCGUGUCCCAGAGUGGUGGCUCCUCAAUGUAGCCUGUAUGAGAACAGGAAUUGUCCUUAUUCCAGGAACAUCCCAACUAACAGCCAAAGACAUCUUAUACCGACUCCAAGCUUCAAAGGCCAAAUGCAUCAUUACCAGUGACACACUGGCACCUGCAGUGGAAUCUGUUGCGCCUGACAGCCAGUUUCUGAAAAGUAAACUAAUUGUAGGCAAAGAAAGCAGGACUGGGUGGCUGAACCUCAGAGAACUCCUUGCGGUGGCAUCUGCUGACCAUAAAUGUGUCAAGACAAGAAGUCAAGACCCAAUGCUGAUCUAUUUUACCAGUGGAACUACAGGCUUUCCAAAAAUGGUGGUGCAGUCCCACAGCAGUUAUGGCAUUGGAUUUGCAACCAGUGGCAGGCAUUGGAUGAACCUGACUUCUUCAGAUAUAAUGUGGAAUACCUCUGAUACUGGCUGGGUAAAAGCAGCUUGGGGCAGUGUUUUUGCACCAUGGAUCUGUGGAUCUUGUGUCUUUGUACACCACAUGCCACAGUUUAAGCCAGCAGUUAUGGCAGAGACUCUCUCAAGAUACCCCAUCACUACCUUCUGCACUGCUCCCACUGCCUACCGCAUGCUGGUCCAGCAUGAUCUGAGCAGCUACAAGUUCACGAGUCUGAAGCACUGUCUAUCUGGAGGGGAAGCACUCAAUCCUGAAGUGAUGGCGAAGUGGAAAAUCCAGACAGGGCUGGAUAUCCAUGAAGGUUAUGGCCAGACCGAAACAGUGACAAUCUGUGCCAACAUGAAAGGAAUGAAAAUCAAACCUGGCUCUUUGGGAAAAGCCGUUCCCCCUUACGACGUGCAGAUCAUAGAUGACCAUGGGGCUGUUUUGCCUGCAGGAGAAGAGGGCAGCAUUGCUGUCCGAGUCCAGCCGACACGGCCCUUCUGCCUGUUCUCGGAGUACUUGGAUAAUCCAGAGAAAACAGCUGCCUCUGUGUGUGGAAAUUUUUAUGUCACUGGGGACAGAGGGAUUAUGGAUGAAGAGGGAUACGUCUGGUUUGUUGGGAGAGAUGAUGAUAUCAUUAAUUCUGCUGGGUAUCGGAUUGGCCCCUUUGAAGUGGAAAGUGCUUUAAUCCAACACCCAGCAGUGGUAGAGUCAGCUGUGGUCAGCAGCCCUGAUCCAGUUCGAGGAGAGGUGGUCAAAGCCUUCAUAGUUUUAGCUCCUGCUUUUGCAUCACAUGAUCCAGAAAAAUUAACUCAGGAGCUUCAGCAGCAUGUCAAGAAAGUGACUGCACCUUACAAGUAUCCAAGGAAGGUGGAGUUUGUUCAAGAUCUGCCAAAGACAGCUACUGGGAAAAUCCAGAGAAAGGUUCUAAAGAACAAAGAGUGGGCAAGAGAAUGACAAGGGUGAGAGUGAUCUGGAAACGAGGGAGAGAAAAUCUCCAUCAUCUGUACUGGUCAUACCAGGUGACAAUGGGCAUAUGGUCAUGACCCAGAGGACUAGGAAAACAAGCUAUGGAAGAAAAAGGAGAAAACACACACGUGGCUUGAGGAUGUGUGGUAUUGGAACCACUUCUUCCAUUGACCUACAGAUAGGCAGAAGGCAGACGGUGCAAGUAAUUAAGAGUGUGGAAUGGGAGAGGGAAAGGACACACCCAGGAGCAUACAAAGGUCUAAUUUUUGUACUGGAAUUUAUAUAAACAGCUUCCUUAAAAAAAUAGGUGUAACUACAAGAUUUUGAUAAUAACAAGUAAAUGAGAAAUUGAAAAUAAAAAUAAUGUUUGUCCUGAGGUAUCAAAAAUUAA